AUGACCACUGUGUCCGAGCCCAGCGGCGAGCCCUCAGAAGGUGUUUCUAGUACGAAUACAAAUACGAAGAACUACAUUGUCGGCCUUGGUCUCCUCCUCGUGGUUGUUCUAUUAUGGACUGGGUCCAGUUUCUUGACGCAAGACAUGUACGACGACGGGUACCAGAAGCCAUUCCUGAUAACGUACACCAACACCGCGUCAUUUGUAUUUUACCUGCUGCCAUACAUUGCACGAAGAUUAUGGGCUGAUCGCUGGGGUCCACCCAAAUCUGCAAGGUCAAACAUAAUUUACCAGCCGCUGGAGCAAGAGCUUGAUGUUGACACAGAGCCUGCAGUAAUGAGACUACCCAACACCCUUGCACACGACUCUUCUGACUCUUUCCAGGUGGAGCCAUAUCCGGUCAACCAGGUCGAUAGGCCGCUAACCAUGGAGGAGACCGCAAAGAUGGCACUAGGAUUCUGCUUUUUGUGGUUCAUUGCGAACUGGGCUUUGAAUGCUGCUCUGGCAUAUACUAGUGUCGCAAGUUCAACAGUUUUGUCUGGCAUGAGUGGAAUGUUCACUCUUGCCGUUGGACGUAUUUUCCGCGUAGAAACCCUAACUGUGGUCAAAAUUGGAGCUGUUCUUACUGCUUUUAUUGGUGUGAUUCUCGUUGCAGUUUCUGACGGGUCUCCCAACGACCAGCCAGAUGCAAUGGGGUCGUCAAUAUUUUACAAGGCUGCACACUCCUUGCCAGUUCUGGGAGACUUCUUGGCGUUGAUGUCGGCUGUGUUCUAUGCUCUCUACGUCGUCUUCCUCAAGGUUCAGAUUCGGGAAGAGUCAAGAAUUGACAUGCAACUUUUCUUUGGGUUUGUAGGAUUAUUCAAUAUAUUCUUAUCCUGGCCUAUGGGUGUCAUCCUGCAUUUGGUUGGAAUGGAGCGCUUUGAGAUACCUCGUACCCACAAUGCCAUCGUUAUCAUUGUAUUGAACAUGUUUAUCACAUUAUCGAGCGACUACCUAUACGUUGUUGCGAUGCUCAAGACCACACCUCUAGUAGUGACGGUUGGUCUCGGUCUCACCAUUCCGGUCGCCGUCAUCGGGGACUUUUUCCUCGGGAAGCCUGCCGCAACGCAAGUACUGGCAGGUGCUCUCCUAGUUCUUAUAGCUUUCAUUGUGGUCGGCAUCGAGAACUCGAAGCCAAGAGAGCGCGGUGACCUCCUUACUGAAGAUUUUGUCGAUGAUGCUCAUGCCCCGCAGUCUCGGGUUCACCUUGAGCACGAAGAUUCCCCUCAAUCCCCAAACGAGGGAUGA